ACUUCCGCUUGCCGGGUUGACAUGAAGCAGCAGCGGCGGCUAGGGCGGCGGUAGCGGCGAGAGUCGCGGCUUGGAAGGGGCCUCGGGGCUCAGCGCGAGACGCGGCCUAGAGCGACAGGCGGUGUAGCUGGCCGAGGAGGGGGCGCGGCGCCGCCCUGGCCCGUCAUGGAAAUGGAAAAGGAGUUCGAGCAGAUCGACAAGACCGGGAGCUGGGCGGCCAUUUACCAGGUUGUAAGCUCCUUACUGCUGCAGCCCAUUCAUUCCGUAUUCGGCAAACACACGAGCAGUGACUAAGUGCCAGACUUUCUGUCAGGCAGUGGGGGCAAGAGGACAUCCGACAUGAGGCCAGUGACUUCCCCUGUAGAGUGGCUAAGCUUCCCAAGAACAAAAACCGAAACAGGUACCGAGAUGUCAGUCCCUUUGACCAUAGUCGGAUUAAACUACAUCAAGAAGAUAACGACUAUAUCAAUGCUAGUUUGAUAAAAAUGGAAGAAGCCCAGAGGAGUUACAUUCUCACCCAGGGCCCUCUGCCCAACACAUGCGGGCACUUCUGGGAGAUGGUGUGGGAGCAGAAGAGCAGGGGCGUGGUCAUGCUCAACCGAGUGAUAGAGAAAGGGUCGGUAAAAUGUGCACAGUACUGGCCACAAAAAGAAAAGAAGGAGAUGGUCUUUGAUGACACAAAUUUGAAAUUAACCUUGAUCUCGGAAGACGUCAAGUCGUAUUACACAGUACGACAGCUAGAACUGGAAAACCCUACAACUCAAGAAACUCGAGAGAUCUUACAUUUCCACUAUACCACGUGGCCUGACUUCGGAGUCCCUGAGUCACCAGCCUCAUUCCUGAACUUUCUUUUCAAAGUUCGUGAGUCAGGGUCUCUCAGCCCGGAGCACGGCCCCAUCGUGGUGCACUGCAGCGCCGGCAUCGGCAGGUCGGGGACCUUCUGUCUGGCCGACACCUGCCUCUUGUUGAUGGACAAAAGGAAAGACCCUUCGUCGGUGGACAUCAAGAAAGUGCUGCUGGAGAUGCGGAAGUUCCGGAUGGGGCUGAUCCAGACGGCCGACCAGCUGCGCUUCUCCUACAUGGCCGUGAUCGAAGGUGCCAAGUUCAUCAUGGGAGACUCCUCGGUGCAGGACCAGUGGAAGGAGCUUUCCCACGAGGACCUGGAGCCCCCACCUGAGCACGUGCCCCCUCCUCCCCGGCCACCCAAACGCAUCCUGGAGCCACACAAUGGCAAAUGCAAGGAGUUCUUCUCAAACCACCAGUGGGUAAAGGAUGAGAGUGAAGAGGAUAAAGAUGGCCCCAUCAAGGAAGAAACCAGAACCCCCUUAAGUGUCCCCUACAGCAUGGACAGCAGGAGCCGAGACACUGAAAUUAGAAGUCGGGUGGCGGGCGGAGGUCUGCACAACACCCAAGCCGCCUGCCCUGCCAAGGGGGAGCCAUCGCCGCCCAAGGAGGAGGAGCAGGAGCACGCACCCGCUCCCUGGAAGCCCUUCCUGGUGCACGUGUGCAUGGCCACGGUGCUCACGGCCGGUGCGUACCUCUGCUACAGGGUCUGUUUCCACUGACCACGGACGCGCCGGGGAGGCGCGCGAGCGAGCGCAGGAAGCUCUGGCCGCGCCGGGCAAGGAUGCAGCUCUGGAGCAUCUGAGCCAGUCUCAGAGCAACGGAUCGAGGUGUGAAAGUCUGGAAGUGUGGAAGGGCUAAGAGAGAAGUCAGGAUUGCUGCACUGGGGCUUUAAGGAGCCCUGCGGUCCCAAGAAUAUAAGAGUCUAAUCUCAGGGCCUUAACCUAUUCAGGAGUAAGUAGAGAAAAUGCCAAAUACGCGUCUCUCUCUCUUUCUCUUUCUCUCUCCCUCCCUCCUGUCCUCCCUUUUCUCCCCCAUCUCCUCUUUCUCUAUCGCUGUCUCUCUUUUUUUUGUUCAUUUGUUUUUGAAAAAAUAGAAUUACAACACAUUGUUGUUUUUAACCUUUAUAAAAAGCAGCUUUUUGUUAUUUCUGGAAAAAGACGACUAGGCACUUACAAAACUUUUUUGUAUCCUUACUAGAUGGUGUAAUGAGAUACACAAUUUAUAUUUGAUUUCCCAGGGAAAGAACCCCAACCUUUUACGAAUGUAAACUUCCUUGGAGGAAAGGGUUAGGACGCUGCGGCGCAGGCUCCCCCUCCGCCGCGGGCACCCUGAGCCUGGACAGUGCCUGCGAGCUUUCCCGUUCCGGGAAGAGAACACCGGGGCAUCUCUAGAAAACAAGCCUGCUUUGCUCAGGGUGCCCCUGCUCAGUUCUCCACCCAUCCCUCCUGGUGACAGCCAUCUUGCUCGUGCACCGGCCCUCAUCACCCCAUUCCUGCAGGCCCCUGCGCAGGGUCAUGUUCACCCCCAGGCUGGCUGCUGGCAUUUCACCCUGUGGUUCCCACCUCAUUUAGAGAAUACGUGCCAUUUUGGUAAAAGUCCACACCUUACAAGUGUGCUGCUGUUACAGAGAGGGAAGGGACGGGGUAGCCUUAGAAACCAUGGAAAUUAUCUCGCAGGGUUUUUUUUUCAUCCCUUGAAAUAUUUUACCUUUUCCCGGGUGGCCAUCUUUGAGUGUGUCAGAUGGUUUAGCAGAAUGCAAACAUUUUUUUCCUUUGGGGUGAUUUUUGGGGAAGGAGGUUAUCAGAGAAACACCCACACCCCUCCUUGGCUCCCUUGGAGGUUGGGGUGGCCGGGGUCGUGCAGAAAUCAGACAGCUGCCGUGUGGGUCCGGGCUCCUCUGGAAUGUUUGGCUUCAUUCCAGUCCCUGCCCAACAGCAACCCAGCCUGACCCUCCUCCGACCAUCUCCACCCACUGUCCGCCUCCGCUCCCAACUAGCAGGCCUGCCGCGGUAGCUAAGGGCCGCCGGACAGGGCAGCAUAGAGCCGAGCUGAGCUGCUCCCUGGCAGGGCGCCUGCACAGUGCUCAGACUGCCACCUGGGGCUGUGUGUCACCCCUUCUCCUUGUACUUCCCCUCCCCCUUCCGUGAGUCCCGAAUCCACGACCGUUCUUCCGAAAGAGCAAAAGAGAGGACCAUGCUGGUGACCCUGCAGGUGGUGGCCCUCACCAGCCUUGGGGCUCCCCACCCCUCUUGGUGGGUCCUAGCGUGUCCCAGGCAGGCCGCGCGCCACCCUCUUCCCCGGAGGUCUCUAUGUUGUCUAUGUGGACUAAGCCUCUCCACUCUUUAUUUAUUUUUAAUUCCCCCCCCCAGGCAUCCAUACUGCACUAGCAUUUAUAAACCAAUAAUGUAUUAAAAUUUUUUGAUAUCAGCCACGUCAGGGGCUUUAUCAAAAAGUACAAUAAUAAAUCCUCAGGUAGUACUGGGAAUGCAAGACUUCGCCGUGAGCCUGCUGCGUCAGCCCAGUGCUGGGAAGGAGGACGGUUGUCAGCAGCUGUUAGGUAGUGAUGCUGUGGGUACCGCGAGAAGCUAGAACACUGCUCUACUAUAUAAUGAACACUUGGGUAUUUAAUAAGAUACAUGACGUGAGAUGACUUUGUCCCGGGUCUUCUCCUCCCCCACUAUCUGCUAGAACCUUGUUCUCAAUCACCGAUUUCCCUGUGUGUAUUAGAAUGCAUGUAAGGUCUCCUGUGUCCCCGUGAAAUACCAUGUGCUUGAGACGAGAAACUUAGAUUCCUGCUUACUAACGUGCCCAUGUCCAAGUCCGGUCCACCUCUGCGUGGUCUGACCGUUCCAUGGCCGUGGUUCCUGGGCUGUUGCUGAAGUAAUCACUGUUCAGCAAGAGAGCAACGAUGUUUUCCAGUAGCAGAUAAUGGCCUAAUUCCUGGCAUGACACGCCGGUCACUUCCUGGCGAGGCCCAGUCUGCCCUGCCCCGGCCGGGUCCACUGUAACUGAGACAUUCCAAGGGGACGGCCAGCCCUGUUCACACCUCACGCUCCGGACAUGUGGGGUCGGCCUCUCCGAUCCCAAGUCCGCCCUCCUCACGCCGAGCAGAGCGUGGUGUGGCAGCAAGGCAGCCGCGGGAACCACUGUCCUUGGAGCGGCCUGGGGACGGUCCCUAGAGUCAGCCUGCACCGUCUCCAUCCCGGUUUGCCUCGCCCAGAGGUGUCUGCCUGCCCUUGAGCCCCGUGGGGACUGAUGGUGCUCACGACUCUUCCUCGAGAGGAACUUAAGGCCUCCACAUUCGGUGGCUUUUUAAAUAAGAAACAAAAAGGCAGCUGUAGCUCCCGAGCUGCUCUCUUGCCAGCAUUUCACAUUUUGCCUUCACGUGGGAGAAGCCCGUACAGAGCGAUUCUGUGGCGGAGCCGUGGUGAGGUGUGGAGGAGGCUGGGCGCCAGGCCGCGAGCAUCUUUGCGUUGGGCUUGUUUCCUUGAAGUCCUGUACCUGUACGUAGUCGUUUGGGUGUGUAUAUACAGUAGCCUUUCCAGUGGCUGUCCGGGUUUAACCCCUGUCCUGGGAGACAGGUGGCUCUCCAUCUUGUUAUGCGUAUGUUAGAGAGGUAGCGAGCUGCUCUGCUAUAUGCCUUAAGCCAAUAUUUACUCAUCCGGCCGUUGUUUUUUACAGUGGCCACGGAAUAAACCAUUUUUAGAGAAAUAAAAACAAAACAAGUGAGGUGUUCAGUAUAAUACCUUUUCAGGUGUGUGUAUACGUGGCUGCAUGACUGGGUGGGUGGGGGGCGUGUCUCAGGGUCUUCUGUGACCUCACAGAACUGUCACACUGUACAGUUUUCCAACUUGCCAUAGAAAUGAUGGGUUUGCAUUUUAGUUGCAAUAAUAAAAACAUUUUUUCUAAAGAA